CUUCUCUCCCUUGACUUCAGUCAAAUUUUCUAUGGGAUUGCCCGGUCCGUGGCACAAUUGUAAAAUCGCUUUUCCCGCCAUUUAUCAGCUUCGUACAUCGCCUUAACGCCAUUCCGUUUCUACUUUCUCACGGAAGGGAGUAACCCAGCAGGGAUCUUUCGGUAGGGUUUCUGGCAACAUCGAUAGGCCAUGACUGAUUCACGGGUUCCUUUUGGGCAAAGUCCUCACUUUCACCACCCAACCGCUGGCAUCAUCAAGAGGGUUCGAUUGGAGAACUUCAUGUGCCAUAGCAACCUCGAGAUUGAGCUCGGAGAGUGGGUCAAUUUCGUUACUGGUCAAAAUGGAAGUGGUAAGAGCGCAAUCCUAACUGCAUUGUGUGUUGCAUUUGGAUGUCGAGCAAGAGGGACUCAGAGAGCAGCGACUCUGAAGGAUUUUAUAAAAACCGGCUGCAGUAAUGCCGUCAUCCAUGUGGAAAUAAAAAAUGAAGGAGAGGAUGCUUUUAAGCCACAAAUAUAUGGUGAUGUGAUCACUUUAGAACGCAGGAUAUCUGAAUCCACAAGCUCCAUCGUGUUAAAAGACUGUAGAGGAAAGAAGGUUGUCAGCCGGAAAGCAGAACUCCAGGAAAUGGUUGAGCAUUUUAAUAUUGAUGUGGAGAAUCCAUGUGUAGUUAUGAGUCAGGACAAAAGCAGGGAAUUUUUACAUUCAGGGAAUGACAAGGAUAAAUUUAAGUUCUUUUACAAGGCUACACUUCUUCAGCAAGUCGAUGAUCUUUUGGAAAGCGUUUCUAAGGGAUUAGAGCAUUCAUUUGGACUUCUUGGAGGAUUAGAGGCUACAAUAAGUCCUGUAGAGAAGGAGCUUAAUGAGUUAAGAGUCAAAAUUACAAACAUGGAACAAGUUGAACAAAUAUCACUGCAGAUUCAGCAGUUAAAGAAAAAACUUGCAUGGUCAUGGGUUUAUGACGUGGACAAACAAAUCCAGGAACAGUGUUCAAAGAUUGAUAAAUUAAAGGAUCGAAUACCUAAGUGCCAAGCAAAGAUUGAUGAGCAAAUGAAUCUGGUCGAAGAAUUGAGUGCAUUCUUACAUAAGAAGAAAGGUCAUAUCAAAAACUUGUUUGAAAAGACAUCUGAAGUGAAGCAGAAGAAGCAAAAUUUACAACAAUCUAUAUCUAUGGCUGCAAAAGAAGUACUUGAAAAAGAACAAGAGUGCACACGCAUAACUGUCAGUAUUGAGAAGAUGGUAAAGCGUGUUAGGACUCUUAAAGAACAGGUGCAGGAUAUUUACGAGAAGCAUGCACAAAGUACUCAGGCUGAAGAAUCUGAGAUAGAGGAGAUACUGAAGGUGCUCCAAAAUGAGGUUGAUGCUGCUGAAUCAGCUCUGACAAGGUUGAGGGAAGAGGAAGCUAUACUAGCUGAUAAUGUGCAGAGUCAAAGUAAUGAAAUAAGAAAGAUUGCUGAUGAGAUUGAAGGACAUGAAAGACGGUAUCGUGAUAUCACCUUUUCCAUCCGUGAGCUUAAACAACACCAAACCAAUAAGGUUACAGCUUUUGGAGGAGAUAGAGUGAUGAACCUCCUGCGUAUUAUUGAGAGGAGUUAUUAUCGGAGGUUUAAGAGGCCUCCUAUUGGUCCAAUUGGUGCCCAUCUGAAUCUGGUUAAUGGUGAUAAGUGGGGUGUUGCUAUUGAGCAUGCAAUUGGGAAGAUGCUGAAUGCUUUUGGGACUGAUCACAAGGAUUCUCUUCUUUUGAGAGAAUGUGCAAAGGAAGCAAACUAUGGUCACCUCCAAAUUUUUAUUUAUGAUUCAAGACCACGGUAA